AUGGAACAUUCAUCUCCGCUGGCUGCCAUGCAGCCCCCGUCCGUGAUGUUCGGACACUGCUUUCGUUCGGAUGCUCCCACAUCGUACCCAACCUUUGGUCCAAGGUCCGGGCUUGGUCCGAACAGUUUCAACUUCAAAGACUUGUCCAUGAAGAAAGCCUCCGGCGAUUAUUUUGGCAUAAAGCCGGUUCGAGGAUCGUCUCCAACGGCUAGUCUGGCAGCGGACCUGUCCCAAAAUUUUCACAUUGACCAAAGUCCACAGUUGGCUACGCCCCGACGGUCUUUGUUCUCCUCCAAUUUAUUCGGACAUGGCAGCGGACGUGAAGACGCGAUGACUACUCCUCCUCUUCCAUCUUCUUCACCAGCUCCCGUCAUGGAGACCAUGGACAUGUCUCCCUUGCCUCACAAGCCGCCGUUCAUUGUCACAACGGAAAUCGAAUUGAACCCACCUACACCAGGAGGUUCUCCAAUCGAUUCGCCCAUGAUGUCGGCUGCUCCCAGUCCGCUUCAAGAAUCCCCGUUGAUGGGCCCAAAGGAGGACAAACAAGAGAGAAAGCGUCCGAGUUUCUUGAGGCCCAGUCUCGCGAGAACCAAGGCUCAGUCCUUCCAGCUCGGCAUGGCGAGACCAGCACCGGAAAGUCAAGCACCGCCUUUCAAGUUCCAGACCCGAGGGGCUAAGACGUCGUUGAGCGCUUCAACUUCUUUGGAGGAUAUGUUUGGGGAAUCGCCGCAGAGAGAAAGGCCGAUUGUACGCAACAAUUCCAGCACUCUCCUGAACAACCCUCGCCUUAGACCGCCGCUCGGCAGUGGCAGCAAUGGGAGCCAUGCCCGUGGAAACGGAUCCCCCUCCGCUGCGUCGAUUCGCAAGAGCUCCCACCCCCUGAUGCGCCCUCGGAAACAAUGCAGACGGUCACUGAGCAUGUUUGAGCACCCUGAGGAUGUGAUUGCCGAAAAAGAGGCCAAUUAUACUACAAAUGCACCACUUCAAUCGAUCACAGAUGUCGAUACCACACCCAGCCUGCAGCUACCUCACUUCAUCCCUGAGGACUCGGCUGAUACAUUGCCUCGCAUCGACAAGACAAUCCUCGUGGAUCUCAUGGAUGGGAAGUACAACGAUCGAUUCGACCACAUUAUGGUUGUCGAUUGCCGGUUUGAAUAUGAAUACGAGGGCGGCCACAUCAACGGAGCUGUCAACUACAACGACAAGGAGUACCUGGCCGCUCAGCUUUUUGCGGACCCAAAGCCUCGGACUGCAUUGGUUUUACACUGCGAAUACUCCGCACAUCGGGCACCCAUCAUGGCCAAAUACAUCCGUCACCGGGACCGCGCUGUUAAUGUGGACCACUAUCCACAGCUGACUUACCCGGAUAUGUACAUUUUGGACGGAGGUUACAGCGCCUUCUUUGCUGAGCAUCGAUCGCUAUGCUUCCCCCAGAAUUACGUGGAGAUGAAUGCAAAGGAGCACGAAUUUGCCUGCGAACGUGGUCUCGGGAAGGUCAAGCAGAGAUCGAAAUUGAAUCGCGCACAAACAUUCGCUUUUGGCCAACAUUCGCCUCAAAUGGAAGACAGCCCUACUGGAAGGUGCCGUAAUAACUCAGGCGAACGUACCCGUUUCUUGGACUCUCCUUUUGAGGGAACGCCCUCCUCUCGCGGUCCGGGCCGCCGUAUGCUGUCGUACUGA